AUGCCCAAUCCAUUCGCCACUCUCUCUCGCCGUGCGCGCCAACAGGAGGUGCGCCGGCAAGCUCGUGACGAAGCCAUUACCGGCAUUGAUCGAACAUACAAGCUCCUUGAGUUAUACCCUCAGAUGCGUAUCGAGCCGACACAAUACGAUACUCUUGGGGUCAAAUGUGAGCUGCUCGCCCUCAACGAGGAUAGUGAUGAUCCCAGACCUUCCGAUUCUCCCACCGACGAACCUACAUUUUUCCUCCCACGCAAGGUCCCUGAGGUGGGUAUCAAUUCCCCCAGGUGCGAGCGAUAUGUCAGUUACCUCUCCCAAUGCUGGGGAGAAGAUGCAACGAUCCAAAUGUCUAGAAGCUUUACUACGCAAGCGUGGGAGUUGUGGGGCCGUAUCGAGAAUAUGUUCGUGCUCUUUCGACGCCAUGAAGAGCCUCCACUGGACGAGGGAGAUAAGCGCUCUUUAUGUCGAAUCGCCCAGUGGCUGCCAAGUAAUGGCUUGUCAUCCUUGAUCGCCGAAAAGUUCGAGCCUACAAUUUUGUCAUCAAGAGCGUGGACCCCAAUCACUGGCUAUGUGUCGCGAGAAAAGUCAUCCGCUAUAAAAAAUACUCUCCCUCAUGUUCUGAUCGUCAUCCAUAUUAGGGGAAGAGCCCUCGGGUGA